AAAAGUACGAGUAGUCCGCUAGCUUCAACAGUAGCAGUACUAGUUACAACUAUAGUUGCCACGUUCUUCAGUAGAGGUCGUGUAGCAUGAAUCAAUCUCUGUCUCAAUCGUGGUACCAUUUGAGAUUCCCUCUGAGCACAGGUGGAGAAGGAGCAGUCGUUGUUUCUUGUCUGAGCCACGGCCGGCUACACUAAACAGCUACAGCAACUCAUAGUAUUUUUUACGCCUACCUCUACAUUUUGAUCAUUGUCUUCUUGUUUCACUUUUAUCAACAUUGGACGCUUAUUUGCUUGAUAAGACCCAAUUAAAUAAGAUCGAAACAUCAAAAAAAUGGCUGCAGUCGAAGCAGAAGAAGCGGAGGCUCCGUUUCAAGCACAACCUCCUAAGGUGCGAUUCCGAAACUACUAUCCGAAAACACCAGCACUCCAAGCUGGCGUGCAACAACGAUUGACCACAUCAGAGAUCGAACUGCAGGUAACCGAGAAUUUGAUUUCCUAGUUUUGUCUGGUACCUGCUAGUACUCUGGGAAUGUUGUCUCAAUGCUUGUUGCUGGUGCUUGUUGUAGCCCCCUUGUAUAUAACGAUAUGUGAUGGAUCGUAAGAUGACAAGAAGCAGUUCUAGUAAAGUAUAAAUCAAAGUCCUAUACAACUUCUUUCUCGUACACUAUACUACUUCUCUACGGAUGACAAAUUUUUAAUUUAUACUAGGUCGACGCAAUUCUCGCUGAGAAUGUAGAGGCAUUGGAUAAAAAACAGUGGAUGGCACCAACCGCGUCGAAGAAGAACUGGGACAUCAAGCGUGAUUUCCAAAGGAAACAACAGAGGCUCGAAUCAAAAACCGAAGCCGCGAUCGUUGUUCUUAUUCGUAAAAACUUGCUGGAAAACCAAGCAAGAGCUGCUUCCGGACUGCCUCUCACAGGUGCGGUCAUCAACCCCAACCAAGCACAGGCAUCUAGCUCGUCGUCUAGUAGUGGAGCAGGUGCUCCUGGUGCACCAGGUGGAGCCACUUCUUCAAGACCAGCCGAGGAUAAUGGUCGACCCACUGAUCAUGAUCGACAAGAAAAUACAACAACUGACAACUUAGGUGGGGGAUCUAGUUCACCCAACAAACUUGGUGGUGGAGACGAAUCAUCUGGUGCAACCGGAGAUGUCGACAUGAAGAUAAGUAGCGAUGACGGUCCUCAGCAUGUUGUGCAAGAAGGAACGGCGGAGGCGAAAGCAAUAGGAAGGCAUUUAGCGGAAAUGCGUGACAAUAUGGAAGAAGAUUUUGGAGAGGAGAGCGAUUAAGCCACGCUAACAACAACAAGAAUGUUUCUGCCUCUCGUCCUCAUAAAUACUUCUUGUACAUCAGAUCAUCAUACGCAAGAACUCAUUUCAUGACCACAUCCUUCAUUGUUGAUUUUGGUAGAAAGAUUCUACUUGUGAAGAUUUUCCUUUCACUGCCCCUGAACAGAAAAAGGAACCCUUUCUCCUGUCCGCCUAUUACUAUUUGUUAAAGCAAAUAAUUGUAAGUACUUUGUUGCAUCGUUUUUUCAGCAACGCUACAACGUACUAUGUGAAUGGUCUUUUUGCGUUCGCUGUUUGAUCCCUCUCGUUCUUACUUUGAUCAUCAUUGUCCUGUAACAUUUCUUCUCUCACUUCAUCCUCUGCUUUCGGCUUACGAGAUACUUCGAUAUCGGCAGCGAGAUUGAUUCUGAUCCUGACUAUAGAUAUCGGAAUGCUGGAGAAAGUCUGAUUUUCGUUUCUUCGUUUUUGUCGAUUAUAGUAUUGGAUUCGGAGAAACUUACCCCCAAAAGCAAAUCAUGAUAGAUCACACGCAAAUUUGAAGAUUCUAUCGACGUAGGAGAGAGAUGAACAGUGAUGAAAAACACUCGAUCGAUCAAGUAGGAAUCGAAAAUUAAUAGGCGAAGAUCAAUCAUCACAAACGGGAUCCUCUAUCUUCAAUCAAACGAACACAUUUUCAUGAAAAUGAUCAUACGUGCCAAAGAUCUUGAAAAAAAUCAAUCCAAGAAGAAAAUCUAAAAAACGUUCGAACAUUCCAACAAAUGAAAACUGUAGGUUGUUCUUGUGCAGAUGAAGACUUCCCGUUUGCCGCUCGUGUUUGUGAAGGUGGUGAUUACACAGCAGCUCUAAAAACAACUGGUAUGCUCCCGCUUCUCCUAUCCUAAAAACUACGAAACACUUACUGUUUUGAGCUAGUUACCUGUAACUGCGAGGAAAAAUAUCCUUGGUCGUGUGUCGACGAUAACUAAUCUCAAGCUGUAGUUUUUCCAUUUUCCACUAUUAGUCAAUACGAUCGUGAUCAUUGUUUAACGAAUCUGAACGAGAUCCAGUUCGACGAGGAAGUUCUAGUUGGUACUUGGUAUGCUACAACUAAGCUCGAUGUGCUUGUCCUCCUC